GCCACCAUCCCCAGGGCCGCCCAGGUUUACAGGGUCAACUCAGGCUUCUGUGCGCAGUCUUGGUAAUGUCAGAAGGAGGGGGCAUGAGAGGCCAGCCAAGUGGACAGCUGGCCGGGCCACUUAGCAGCCAUUUGUGUUCGUGACCGAAGGCGCCUGUAUAGGUUCAGGCCACCGUGGCUCCUACCUUGAGAAGACACAGAACUGGUGUCUAAGACUGUUUUGGAUUUCACUGUGGGAGGACAUAGCCAUCCCUUCCGCAGUUAGGUGUCUAACCCUGUCCCCCCCGCCCCAGCCGUCUGUCUGGCCGCCAGCGGGUGAUUUCCCCUCCGCACUUGCAUCUCCUCUCGUCUUGUGCUGAACAUGGGGUGGUUCAGUACCCACCACAGAGCUGGGACGAGGAUUAAUCGGUGUGAUGGGUGUCAAAUUCUCAGCCUGGCAUCGGGCACACCACGACGCCCGAUAUAUAAAUAGCUCUUAUUAUUAAUAGUAUUAGAGUGAGUCCUGAGCAGCUGCUGGUGUGCGGGGGGCCUUAGCACGCCACGUCCCAUUCACAUCCUCCCUCUGUGUGGUUGUUCCCAUGCGGGUCCCUCGUAUACAGGGUGGCCGUGGGGCUUCAUGGAUUUAUCUGUGCAAAUGGCAUUUCCUGAUUAUUUUUCCCUCUAGGAAAUGUGUAGAGAGACUUUCUGUGCCGGGGCCUAGGGAUAGUGCAGUGGGCAGGACAGGCAUGAGCUCUCUGCACUUCCCCACUGAGCUUCCUCUCUUAGAGGGAAGAAUGGCAAGCAUCUGGCAGGUUAAAUGCAAUCACUGGUGUCUGUUUCAGAGUGUGACAGAACAGGGGAAGAGCUGUAGGGUCACAGGGUAACAGAGGCCUGAGGAAACCUCACAGAGCUGCUAAUGUUUCCGCCAAGAGCUGAAGCACUGAGGAGUGGAUAACAUGAAGAAAAGAGGAGGCAAGUAGGCCAGGCGGGGGGCGCAGCAGGUGCAAAGGCCCUGAGGUGGGAGAGUGGGCAGUUGGAGCUGCCAGAGAGGCAGAAGAGUAGGAGGCAGGUCAGAGAGGUGCUUGGCGGGAGACCAGGAACGUGUGGACCCUUUGGAUCUCUGAACCGAAGAUGACAGCAUCCAACCCAGCAGUGUAUGAGAUCACCCUGGCUGUGGCACUGAGGCUGAACUGUAGAACAGAGUGUGGAGGACACUUCUAACAUCGAUCCACAGAUCACACGGCCCUGAGUCUGGGGCUGUGAACCCCUGGCUGGGUAGAGCUGCUGGUACUGAGCAUGGGGGAAGCAGCCUGUGAGGCCAGAGUGACUCCGUUUUGACGCUGUGACGUCUGGUAGGCGUCCAGCUAACUAUCAGCUGUCCCAGAGUAGUGAUCGAUUGUACCAGGAAGAAAGGACAUCAGGCCCUCGGCUGUGCUCCAGUGAAUGUUUAACAGUCAUGGCUUGGCCUUUGCCAGGCCCUGGGGCAUGCCAGACCCACACUGGGCCAGUCAAGCACACCACAAGGGAUGUUUUUACCUCCUAGACAACAGUGGCUUGGAUGGUAGGAAAGAGUCAUUAAGUGACGGGGAGGACUUGGGUUUUAAUUACUUUUUAAAACGUUUUUUGGGGGAGGGGGAGUUGAGACAGGGCCUCAUGAUGUAGUUCAGGCUGGGCUGGAACCCAUGGCAACCCUCCUGCCUCAGCCUCCCAAGUGGGGGAUUACAGCUGUGCACCACCACAACCAACUACUUUUGUUUUUAAUAUCAAUUAUUUAAUUAUUCACUAAUAUGAUUUCAUUUGUAAGAACGGCUGCUUAACAGCUGACUUUAGAAAUUCCUGAACAUUUGUCCGUUGACACAGUGGCUCUAGCACACGAAUCCUUGAUCCUGGGGAACCACGGUUGGUCCCUAAGGAGGAGCGGGGCGCAGGGAUGUAGCUCAGUGAUCUAGAGGGUUCAGAGCAUGCAUGAGCCCUGGGUUUAACCUUUAGUACCUCUAAAAAACGCAGGAAUGCGGGCUGUGCUCGUGUACUUUUUAGAACAGACUCAGGAGCUGCGAUUCCCUGACCGCCUCCCUCCUGCCCCGAGGUCCAGAGGUGGCUUUGGCCAAGGCCCGGGAGGGGGAGCAGGAAGGAAACCUCAGCUCCCUGACCCCACCCCACCCCACCCCGUGCUCUCUGCCCCCUGCCCGCAUGUGCCAGGCCAGGUUCAGAGCGGCUUUUCCCGUGCUGACCAGAGGCUGCUGUGCUGGGCAGCUGUGUGGCACUGGCCGUGGCUGCCUCUUGCCCAGAGCUGUAUUCUGACCUCAGCUCCUGGCCGGCCAGGCUGCGGCCCCCGCUAUGCCCUUGUCUGACAGGCACCCAGGCCUUUGGAAGAUGCUCAUGGUGGCCAUGUGUGUGGCCCUUGCGGGCUGCCUGCAGGCCCAGGAACUCCACGGUCACGUGUCCAUCGUCCUGCUGGGGGCCACCGGAGACCUGGCCAAGAAGUACUUGUGGCAGGGACUCUUCCAGCUCUACCUGGAUGAGGAGGGCAAGGGCCACACUUUCAGCUUCCAUGGGGCCGCUCUGACGGCCCCCAGGCAGGGCCAGGAGCUCAUGGCCAAGGCCCUGGAAUCCCUCUCCUGCCCCGAGGACACGGCACCCAGCCACUGCGCCGCACUCAAGGACCAGUUCCUGCGGCUGAGCCAGUACCGCCAGCUGAAGACGGCCGAGGACUACCAGACGCUGAGCAAGGACAUCGAGGCGCAGGUGGCGCGGGAGGGCCUCCGGGAGGCCGGCAGGAUCUUCUACUUCUCCGUGCCGCCCUUUGCCUACGCAGACAUUGCCCGCAACAUCAACGCCAGCUGCCGGCCGGGCCCCGGCGCCUGGCUGCGGGUCGUCCUGGAGAAGCCCUUCGGCCACGACCACCUCUCGGCCCAGCAGCUGGCCACCGAGCUCGGGAGCUUCUUCCAGGAGGAGGAGAUGUACAGGGUGGACCACUACCUGGGCAAGCAGGCUGUGGCUCAGAUCCUGCCCUUCCGAGACCAGAACCGCAAGGCCCUGGACGGCCUCUGGAACCGGCACCACGUGGAGCGGGUGGAGAUCAUCAUGAAGGAGACGGUGGACGCGGAAGGUCGCACCAGCUUCUAUGAGGAGUAUGGCGUCAUCCGCGACAUCCUGCAGAACCACCUGACGGAGAUCCUCACGCUGGUGGCCAUGGAGCUGCCCCACAACGUCAGCAGCUCAGCGGCCGUGCUGCAGCACAAGCUCCAGGCCUUCCGAGCACUGCGGGGCCUGCACAAGGGCAGCGCCGUCGUGGGCCAGUACCAGGCCUACAGCGCGCAGGUGCGCGGGGAGCUGCAGAAGCCCGAGAGCUUCCACAGCCUGACGCCCACUUUCGCAGGUGUCCUCGUGCACGUCGACAACCUGCGCUGGGAGGGCGUGCCCUUCCUCCUGAUGUCCGGCAAGGCCCUGGACGAGAGAGUGGGCUACGUGCGGGUCCUGUUCAAAAACAAGGCGUUCUGCGUCCAUCGCGAGGGGCACUGGGCCCCGGAGCAGAGCCAGUGUCUGCCACGGCAGAUCAUCUUCCAUAUCGGGCACGGUGAGCUGGGCCACCCCGCCAUCCUGGUCAGCCGGAACCUGUUCAGGCCCACCCUGCCCGCACAGGGCUGGACAGAAGUGCAGGAGCGGCCUGGGCUCCGGGUGUUUGGCCGCCCCCUGUCCGAUUUCUAUGCCUACAGCCCCGUGAGGGAGCGAGAGGCCUACUCCAUCCUCCUGUCCCACAUCUUCCACUGCCGGAAGGAGUCCUUCAUCACCACGGAGAACCUGCUGGCCUCCUGGGUGUUCUGGACCCCGUUGCUGGACAGCCUGGCCCACGAGGCCCCGCGCCUCUAUCCAGGUGGAGCAGAGACCGGCCACCUCCUGGAUCUCGAGUUUAACGGUGGCCACUUGUCCUUCUCCCAGCAGCAGCCCGAGCAGCUGGUGCCGGGGCCAGGGUUGACCAUGAAACCCAGCGACUUCCAGGUCCUCGGGACCAGGUACCGAGAGAGCCCGCUGAUCUCAGCCUGGCCUGAGGAACUGAUCUCCAAGCUGGCCAGCGACAUCGAGGCCACUGCCGUGCAGGCCGUGCGGCGCUUUGGCAAGUUCCACCUGGCGCUGUCAGGCGGCUCCAGCCCCAUUGCCCUGUUCCAGCAGCUGGCCACGGGCCACUACGGCUUUCCCUGGGCCCACACGCACCUGUGGCUGGUGGACGAGCGCUGCGUUCCGCUGUCGGAUCCGGACUCCAACUUCCAGGGUCUACAGGCCCAUCUGCUGCAGCACAUCCGCGUACCCUACUAUAACAUCCACCCCAUGCCCGUGCACCUGCGCCAGCGGCUGUGCGCCGAGGAGGACCAGGGCGCCCAGACCUACGCCGGGGAGAUCAUGGCCCUGGUGGCCAACAGCAGCUUCGACCUGGUGCUGCUGGGCAUGGGCACCGACGGGCACACGGCCUCCCUCUUCCCACAAUCACCCACGGGCCUGGACGGCGAGCAGCUGGUGGUGCUGACCCAGAGCCCCCUCAGGCCGUACCAGCGCAUGAGCCUCAGCCUGCCGCUCAUCAACCGGGCUAAGAAGGUGGCCGUCCUGGUCAUGGGCCGGACAAAGCGUGAGAUCACCAUGCUGGUGAGCCGCGUGGGCCGCGAGCCCAAGAAGUGGCCCAUCUCGGGCGUGCUGCCGAGCUCUGGCCAGCUGGUUUGGUACAUGGAUUACGAGGCCUUCCUGGGAUGAUGGACGUCCCUGCCCUGGUCACUCUUGGGGCUCCUUGAACCUGCCGUCCUGCCCCCCUCCUGUGCCCCGCCUGCCCCACCCGUGUGUCCCUGCUCGCUGGAAGCUGAGAUGAGAACCCAGAGAGGCGAGGACAGAGCCCUGUCCCAGCCCCUCUGACGGUCACUCCCUCCUGGCUUUGGGGGUGGGAGAGACGCAGAAGCUGGAGACGUGGAGCCCUGCUCUGGGUCAGGAGAGGACGCUUACCGGGAUCCACCAGCAAAGUAAGCCUGGCAUGGCUGAGGGCGCAGCUCGGGGAGGGCGCUUGCCUGGCAUUGUGGGACCCUGGGUUCCACCCCCAGCACUGCCAAAAAUUACAAAUUGGAAAAAGAAAGGAGGAGGAGGAGGAGAAGGCUCCCGCCGAGAAGCAGGAACGUGGGGGCCCGGGAGGGGCUGGGCCGGAACUGUCCCUUGGGUUGCUGUCGAGAAGGGCGUGGAGGCCCCAUGGGCACAGUGCCCCAAGCUGGCCCCCAGCUGCCCCCACGCCGCCCUUCCUGUCGCCGGCAUCCGGCCUCUGUGCACACAGCCUGCCUUCGGUCCUUACCUGGCAGCAGCUCUGCUCUGCCUCUGGGUCCUCUGUCCCUUCCUGUUCCUUGCUGUCCCUCAGCUUUCUUUCUGCAGAGAGGUAACUGAGAUGUCAAAAAGGCACCCCAAGUCUCCAGACUGAUGUUGGGGGGCUCCUUUUCUCUUAUUGAGAGCCACUCAAUCUGGGGCAGGGGCCUGGUUCCCCAGCUUCUCAGCCUGUUCCUCCUUCUUGGGUGUCUCCCCCGGGAAACAUGGGGUACACACAAUCGGGGCAUCCCAGGGACCCUGAUUCAAGAGGGUGUUGUGUCUUGGGGCUGCCUGGUGUAGCCACUGGUUGUAGCAGGAAAGAUCCACUGGAAUCUGGGGGGAACACUUGACAUCAGGUGUCACUGGGCCUUCAGGUAUCUGAUAUCCCACUGGCCAGCCAGGUCUCCCGCUAGGGUGGCCACAACUCCAGCUCUUUCUGGGGGCUCAGUUGGCCAGCGGGGACGGAGUAGAGCCAGCCCACCUCUAAAUACUUGGGCAGCCUGGGGCUCGAGCCUGGUGACUUCCUGUCUGGGGUCCCCAGCCCUUUCCCUCGCCCCUGCCUGAAACCCCGGGGAGGAAGCGGCAGCCUCUCCACCUGCCUGGCCAGGGUCCCCUGCUCCCUGGAAGCCGUGGGCCAGCAGCACCUUUUUCUAAAUCCUUCCACAGAGGUUCUGAAAUUCUUUUUAAUGAAGCCAACCACAAAGCAGAACUCCCAGACCCAGGGCUCCGCACAGCCAAGCCGUGUCUGUGUGUGGCUGUCCCUGGGCUGUGUCCCACUGCACAGGGAAACAGGCUCUUGCAGAGUUUUAUCUGCCGACCGGCUCUCUCCCUGGCCGUACAUUGAAACCAAUUCUCCCUUUUUCUUGGUGACUUGUGUGAGGGCCCAGCCAGGCUCCUUAGGAAAGGAACCUUGUUCAAACCCUGCUUAUCCUGGCCCCCAGCGACUGGGGUCCCUGGACAUCUCUGUGCCUGAGAGGGCCCUGGUCGGGAAGGGGUUGGGGACACAGGUGGUGCCUGGGCAGUUCCACCUCUGGCCACCUGAGGGCGCGCACACACACACACUGCCACAGGACCAGGUGUGCGAUACCCUCGAUUCCGUGGUCAGCCUGCCAGCAUCCUCCGUCCCAGCCUUUGCCCAUCUGUCCUUUAGUAGUGAUGCCGGGAUUGCUGCAGAAAGAAGGGUGGACAGGCACCAUGUCACCAUUCCUGAAUAGCACUGAGCCUCAGAGUGUCCUAGUCCGAUGCAGAGGACCCUUGCUGCGUCUCUCUGGGUAGAGAGGAGAGGGGCCACCAGUCAGUCACAGCUGUUCACAAAUCUGCAUCUAAAGCAGGUUUUGCAAAGGAGUUCUUCCCCCACAUCCGGGUGCCCCUGACCUUCUGUUUUUCAUUUUUUAAAAAAAUGCUGUUUGCAACCCACUAAAGUGAAUUGGGACAGAGAUGGAAAAAACCCUUGUCCUGCUUUCUGCCUGGCCUGGCUGCCGCAGGAAGGCUCUGGCGGGGAGGGACCCAGAUGCAGUAAAUGGCCGGGGGGUCCCCUGUCCUGGGGGACCAGGCCCAUGUGCACACCAGGAGCAACAUGUUAUCCCCAGCCAUGGUGGAGGAGGAACCGGGGGGCUCUCUGGGCUGUGGAGAGCUGGGUUCUGGUUUGGGAUGUGGGGCGAAUCCUCCUGUUACCUUGAGUCAGAGUCUCAUCUUGCUGAUUUCCCCCACUUUUUGUCUUGCUUUUCCUCUUGGGCCCCAAACCAGCAGCAUAAGAGCUUCCUAAGGCCCAGGCUGAUAGCUCCCUACACCUCUGAGUGUCCGCUAGCCAGGGCUCGGAGCUGGCGCCGGCAGGGCGCGGCCUCGGUCUGGGGUUCCCUUGAUUCUCUGCACCCUUUCUUCUCUUCCGGGCCUGGUGGGACAGAGGGGGGCAGAGGAGCUCCCGGAAACCCUCCUGGAGCCGCGGCCCAGCAUGCAGCUGUCAGGCAGAGCCACGUUUUCCACUGCCAACUGUGACCACCCUGCCGGGUCACAUCUUGUCUUACAUAGCAGGGCCAUCUUCCUGCAGGCCUCGGGCCACAGCAGUGGUGCACGGAAGGAGCUGGACACAGGCUAAGGCUCCACUUGGACCGGAUUCCCCCAAGUCCCCACCUGCCUGCCAGCAGAGACACCGCUCUCCGUAGGGAGCUCAGAACCACAGCUGUCACCAGCAAGGGCAGGAUGUCAUGUAGGAGAUGAAAGGACACGAAAUUUUGCAGGGCCUGAGACAUCUGGGGACACCAAAAAUUUACACUGGACUCUUCAAGGACUCCGCCCACUGAGGCGCAAGACCGCCAGAGAACUCUGACCACGGAUGUCCUUGAACAUCUUCCCACCUGAGGUCCCCGGCCUGCUCCUCUUUGUCUCACACAGAAGGUCCCCCCAACCCCGUCUGCCUGCACCUAGGCCAAUAAAAUCCACGCCAUGUUGCCUCCGUGCAAGCCUGGUGGCCUCGGCUGGUCUCUCCCCACUUUGCCCCCAGGGAGGGCUGGGGAUACAGCUCAGCAGUACACGCGCCUGCCUGGAAAGUGCGAGGUCCUGAGUUCCAUUCCCGAUUUAAAAAAAAAAAAAAAAUGUGCUCAGUUACAACAGAGAAGGCUGCCGGUGAGGGAGGGCACAGGGGUGGCGGGGGUGGUGGCCGUAGUGCUGACCCACACGGAAGGGAGACCGUAGAGGGGCCUGAAUGCCUGCUGCUUCCAGUUGUUACUGGCCAUCUGGCCCAUGAGGGUCUGCUGACUCCGGCAAGGGCUGGUGGCCCUUGAGACGGCACCAGGGUUGUCAGCCUGAAGGGACACCCAAGCCUGGGCAGGCAGCACCUCUCUCUGGGCCUCGCUGCGCUGGGGUUGGAGCUCAUUCUGGUGGAGGUGGUGGGGGCGUGGGUCUGCAGCCACGUGGGUUUUUUCCUGAUAUGCGUGUGGAUGUCUUCAGGGAUGUCACAGCCCGGGUGCUCAGCGCUCAAGGUAGGGGACAGAGAGUGGCUCCGGGGACCCCAGCUCACCGAUGCCAGCCCUGGACAGGAGCAUUGGGGACCUGCAGACACAUUUCCAAUGAUGGCUAGAGCCAUCGGGUGACGAUGGCACAUGUGCAGCAGGAAGGGCCCUGGUGUGCUGGUCAGCAAACCCCCUUGCCUCAGUUUCCCUGGCGUGUCACGGGCAGUCUAGUGGGCUCCUCCCAGCUCCGGCCUCAGGGGUGAGCCUGGGAAGUCACCAGGGCCCACGUGCGAGGUAGGAGCCGUGGCGCCUGCAGAGGUCCAGGGCCGGCUUGUGGCUUCUUGGGUCACAUCUUUGCUCUCUGCCCCUCAGCAGGCAGCCUGGGGUCUGGAAGAACAGAGUGGUAGCCUCUGCCCAGUGCCCAGCAGCCAGCGGGUGCUGGGGUUUUUCUCAGUUAAAAUGCUAAGACCCUGAGAACGGAUACUUUUUUUUUUUUUGUCUUUUUGAGACGGUCUUGCCGUGCAGUUCAGGCUGGCCUUGGGCUCAUUUUGUAUCCCAGGCUGGUCUUGAACUUGCAAAUGAUCCUCCUGCCUCAGCCUCCCCAGUGCUGGGAGUAUAGGAGUACGUCACCACACCUGACCCAAUAGAUGCCUUUUUAAAACAGUUUUUAAAAUGCCUUUUUGUAUGUCAGAUGUAACAUUUAUUUUUUGGAACAAUAAAACUGUUUUGCCAAAAGCCA